UCUACCCUUCCCCAUAUUAGAAAAGUAUUUAUACAGCAGGGUGCUUUAGUUAAGAGUGGAAGGACUCCAAGAACGGCUUCCCACUUCAUCUCAACUCUGAAUUCAUCUUCUUUUGGAAACCAGAUCUGUGUAUCUCUUUUGGCUGCAAAGCUGACCAUGCAGUUCAAGGGAUCUGGCCCCAUUCUCUUUGUGCUCCUGGCAAUGGUGUUUAUAGUUGGAACCUAUGCUGCUGACUAUCCGUCAUUCCUAAGCCAUCACUACGACAACCCCAGAAGCAACGUGGGAAAACGUUACUGCAAUACCAUGAUGCAAAGACGUGGGAUGACCAAACCUCAGUGCAAGGCUGUGAACUCCUUCAUCCACGGCAGCAAGAAGCAAAUCAUUGCUGUGUGUAGCAAGGGGGGGAAGCCUUAUGGCAACGGGUUGCGGCGUAGCAAUAAGCAGUUCUCUGUCACCACCUGCAAGCUCAGUGGAGGCUCUCCCCGUCCACCUUGUAACUAUCGAGAGAACAGAUCAAAUAGAUUUAUUGUUGUUGCUUGUAGAGGUGGGAAACCUGUACACUUCGAUGAAGGUCAGAUCUAAGAUGCAUACAGAAUUGUGUUCAAUGUGCCCCAUAGGAGAAUAAUGAACCCAUUUCCUUUGUCUAAUCCAUGGAAAAAUUAUCUAUGGUUUGUAAAUCUAUGGAGCCAAUUUAUCUAACUUUCUAUUCCCAGUUGCUUUUUGCUUCUUCACUUCAGUACUUUUCAUGCCUUCGUUUUGUCUUGUCAGAAAAAGCUGGGAACAAGCAAAAGAAAGUCCUCAUUUUGAAUGUUGUUUAAUUUAGCUAGCCACAUGUAUUCUUCCAAGCACAGAUAAAUAUA